GCAAAUGACCCGUAAAUUUCCUAAGAUGCCCGCCCGACCCGUUAUUGGUCUAGGGUUUAAGAAAGCUCGUCUCCGUGUAAGUGGGAAGAAGAAGAACCCAAUAACUCCAACUUUUUCGUCAUCAACAGACUAGUAGAAACAUUUCAUUCAGUGUAAGCUCCAUUUGGCCAUACAUUUUGGAAGCUUGAAAAAUUGAAAACUAUUUUUGAACACAAGUUCAAAAACUCUUUUCUUUCAAGUUUCACAAGAUUUAUGGCUAAAUAAAUUGUGGCACCAUGAUGUUUUGUAACCUUGUCUUUUAUAGAAACCUGAAAUAUACCCGGAACUUGGUUCGGAAUUAUCAUGGGAAGAUUGACUUUUGUAGAAGAUAUUAUUGUUCUGGAAAGGAAUGGACUGAAGACGUAGAAUAUGUGGAUGAAUCAGGGAGUAUAAUUUACUCUGGUAAAGGAAUAAGGUCCGUUGAGCCGGGUCUUGAUGACCAUGUAAUGGUGGGUGGAUUAAAAAAGCCUAUUUUAAAUGCUUCUGCAGUAGCAAAGCUUGUUGAGAUUGUCAAGAGGUGGAGAUGGGGUCCUGAUAUGGAGACACAAUUGGAUAAGCUUCAUUUCAUACCUAAUAUGACUCAUAUUAUGCAAGCAUUGAAAGUUAUGCAAGACAGUGAUGCUUCAUUAAGUUUAUUCCGCUGGGCCAAGCGACAACCUUGGUAUAACCCCAAUGAUGAAUGUUAUAUUACAUUGUUUGAUAAAUUGAACCAAACUAGAGAUUUUGAUGGAAUUCAAUCCGUUUUUGAUGACAUGGUUCUUGAUUCAGGCGAAAACGGGGCAGCAUCUCUCUUUAAUGCGUAUAAUCGAGUCAUUCAAUACCUGGCCAAGGCAGAGAAAUUUGAGGUAGCAUUUUGUUGUUUUAAGAAAAUUCAAGAAUCGGGUUGUGUAGUUGAUACCGGCACCUAUAAUUCCCUUAUCACCGUGUUCCUAAACAACGGUUUGCCAUAUAAGGCGUUUGAGAUAUAUGAGAAUAUGGAAAAAGCGGGAUGUUCGUUAGAUGCAUCGAGUUAUGAGUUAAUGAUUCCGAGCCUUGCAAAGUCAGGACGCCUUGAUGCUGCAUUCAAGCUCUUCCAACAGAUGAAAGUGAAUAACUUCAGACCAGGUUUUGGGAUCUUUGCCUCGCUCGUUGAUUCGAUGGGUAAAGCUGGGAGGUUGGACACAUCACUUAAGGUAUAUACUGAAAUGCAGGGCUUUGGGCUGAGGCCAUCUGCCACUAUGUUUGUAUCCUUGAUUGAGUCUUUUGUGAAGGCUGGAAAAUUAGAGACUGCUCUAAGGCUGUGGGAUGAAAUGAAGACAUCAGGGUUUAGACCUAACUAUGGGCUGUAUACCAUGAUUGUUGAGUCCCAUGCAAAAUCAGGGAAGCUUGAUGUUGCAAUGUCUGUCUUUUCAGAUAUGGAAAAGGCAGGAUUUUUGCCCACUCCAUCCACCUAUUCUUCUCUCCUGGAGAUGCAUUCUGCUUCUGGUAAUGUAGAUGCUGCGAUGAAGCUUUAUAACUCGAUGACAAAUGCAGGUCUGAGACCUGAAUUGAGUACUUAUACAGCCUUGCUAACCCUUCUUGCCAAAAAGAAGCUUUUGGACGUAUCUGCAAAGAUUUUACUAGAAAUGAAGGCUAUGGGAUAUUCGGUUGAUGUGAAUGCUAGUGAUGUUUUGAUGGUUUACAUUAAAGACGGUUCUGUUGAUCUUGCUUUAAGAUGGCUACGGUUCAUGGGUUCAUCAGGCAUCAGGACAAAUAAUUUCAUUAUCCGGCAGCUUUUUGAAUCAUGCAUGAAGAACGGGUUGUAUGAGUCAGCCAAGCCUCUCCUUGAAACAUAUGUGAACUCUGCUGCCAAAGUUGACCUCAUUCUUUACACUUCAAUUCUAGCCCAUUUAGUAAGAUGCCAAGAUGAGAACAAUGAGAGGCAUUUAAUGUCAAUCUUGAGUGCUACAAGACACAAGGCUCACACUUUCAUGUGUGGGCUCUUUACUGGGCCAGAGCAGAGGAAACAACCAGUUUUGUCUUUUGUGAGGGAAUUCUUCCAAGGCAUUGAUUAUGAGCUGGAAGAAGGAGCUUCAAGGUAUUUUGUUAAUGUUCUCCUUAAUUAUCUUGUUCUCAUGGGACAAAUAAAUCGUGCUCGUUGUGUAUGGAAAGUUGCCUAUGAAAACAAGCUUUUCCCCAAGGCUAUAGUGUUUGAUCAACAUAUUGCCUGGUCCCUUGAUGUUAGAAACUUGUCAGUCGGAGCAGCUCUUGUUGCAGUGGUACAUACUCUUCAUAGGUUUAGGAAACGGAUGUUGUAUUAUGGUGUUGUCCCGAGGCGGAUCAAAUUGGUUACCGGGCCAACUUUGAAAAUUGUGGUCGCACAGAUGUUAAGCUCGGUGGAAUCGCCCUUCGAGGUUAGUAAGGUUGUUUUGAGGGCUCCAGGAGAUGCCGUCCUGGAUUGGUUUAAGAAACCAAUUGUUCAGCAAUUUCUUUUAAAUGAGAUUCCAUCAAGGGCUGAUAUUUUAAUGCAUAAACUCAACAUACUUUUCCCAACAUCUGCACCUGAAAUCAGGUCGCUGUCCCCUCCUAAACCUCUUGUUGCUGGAAAAGCAAUGUAGUUAUUUCCUAUGUGUAAAAUGGCCUAGCUAGUCCAUCUUAGAGAUUUGGUUUCACUUUUGCUGGUGCGUGAAGAUGUGCAGGAGAUGCUAUUUUCAUGUAUCAAAGUUCUAAUAUAGUGGAUUGGAAUCUGAGUCCAUUCUAAAGAUAUAUAUUGCAUACAAGAUACAUGUUGGAUAUCUGUACUUUUUAUUCUUACAUCUGAAACCCACAGUGAGUGCUUUUUCCAAAAGUUCAGUGCUCUCAUCAAACAGUAGAAUCAAAGCUAAUGCAGGUGAGUUCUUUCCAGGUCUGAUUUCAGAGUGUAAAUGAAAAGAAUAUCAAUAUGAUCUACUUGUAUCUUGCUUUUCGAUGUCUGGCAAGAUCUUCCCCGUUUGUAUGGUUUAAAUUGACGUUUGACUCCAGUUUGUUUCUUAAUGUAAUCCUGAAGGGAAGAUAUUAGACAAUGCCGCCCCACCCCCCACCCCCACCCCUGAAUAAGACAUCAGCAUCUUGCUAGGAGAAUUUAACUGUGAAAGUUGUUAAAAUUCCUGCUGAACAUCUCAUUAAGGAAAAAGUGAAAUGGCAUGUCAAAAUUCCUUGUUCCUUAUUAUUGUGCUCCUUUCAGUUUUUUGGGACUGCCAGGGCUAAAGCAAAUUGUAUCUUUCACCAUCACAGGUCAUCAGAAAGAUGUUUAUUUUUCCAUCUUUCCUUCCAUAAAAUGUACUCCCUCCGUCUCAAUUUUAAGUGUCUUACUUUCCUUUUUGGUCCGUCCCAAAAAGAGUGCCUCUUUCAAUAUUUAGUAAGUUGACAAUUCAAAUAUCAUGCAUGGCAAAUUUAUAACUAUAAGAUUCAAAGGAGAUUUUAGUACAUUAUAUACAUCUUUAAUUUAGGACCACAAGAUUCAAAAGUCUCUCUUUAUUUCUUAAACUCCGUGCCUAGUCAAACUAAGACACUUAAAUUGAGAUGGAGGAAGUAGUUUUUAUGAGUUCCUCUCAUUUUCUUACUUGAUUGUAAUCCGUAAAAUGCAAAUUUAGCAUUUAAAGUCUGGUGCAAUUAGACACAGCGGAAAUCAUGAAUCACGUGACAUACGAUAAAGAGAGAAACUUAAGCAGAUUCUCAAUUCUGAGGAAGGCAUGUUUUUUCACUUGGCUAGCAACUAGAGGGGGGCGAUCUUGACAGCUGAGAACUAGCGAAAGAGGGGAAUUACUUAUGUUAGUUGGUAUUUUCUGUGUAAGAGGUUGGGUGAAAUUAUUGAUCACCUUCUCAUUCAUUGUCCGAUGGCUUUGAGGUUGUGGAGGGAAAUCCUUUGUUGGUCCGAUGGCUUUGAGGUUGUGGUGGGAAAUCCUUUGUUGUUUUAUGUGUGAGAGGUCGGGUGGCACCGCUUGCACUGUGGGCUGUGUUAAUAGAAAGAAACAGGAGAGCUUUUAAAGGUGUGAGUUUUGUAAAGUUGAGGAGUAGCCUUUUGUCCCUCAUUCCUUUUGGUGCACCCAUGAUAUUCCUCUUUGUAUAGAAGAUUGGGUGUCAUUUGUAGAAAAACAUUCCGUUUUGUAGGUUUUCUACUUUUUGGUUUACUUCUUGUAUACAGGCAUUUUUAUUGCACACUUCAUUAAUAAAAUUGUUACCUUAUCAAACAAAGAA